GCCGGAGGCGGCCCGAGGCGGCGGUGAUGGGCAGCGAGGGGCAGCGGGGGCCGGCGGCGGCUCCGGGCCCGGGGGACCCGCGGGCGCUGCGGAGGGACUGUCAGCACCGCAUCUUUGUCAACCGGAGCCUGGCACUGGAGAAGAUCAAGUGCUUCGGCUUCGACAUGGACUAUACCUUGGCCAUGUACAAGUCCCCCGACUACGAGGAGAUGGCCUUCACCCUACUGCUGGAGCACCUCGUCUCCAUCGGGUACCCCCAGGAGAUCCUCACCUACAAGUAUGAUCCCACCUUUCCCAUUCGGGGGCUGGUGUUUGAUGCCAUGUACGGGAACCUGCUGAAGGUGGAUUCCCAUGGGAACCUGCUGGUCUGUGCCCAUGGCUUCCGCUUCCUCAAGGGGGCUGAAAUCCUCCACUAUUACCCCAACAAGUUCAUCCAGCGGGAUGACAUGAAGCGCUUCCACAUCCUCAACACCCUCUUCAACCUCACGGAGGCCCAUCUUUACGCCUGUCUCGUGGACUUCUUCACCAACUGCUCCAGAUACGUCAACUGUGACACCGGCUACAAGCACGGGAACCUCUUCAUGUCCUUCCAAAGCAUGUUCCAGGAUGUGCGCGAGGCCAUGGACCACGUCCACCUCUCGGGCUGCCUGAAGGAGAAGACACUGGAGAACCUGGAGAAGUAUGUGGUGAAGGACCCCCGUGUACCGCUGCUGCUGAGCCGCAUGAGGGAGGUGGGGAAGGUCUUUCUGGCCACCAACAGUGACUACAACUACACUGACGCCAUCAUGUCCUACCUGUUUGACUUCAGCAAUGGGGAUAAGGUUGGAACCCCCCAGCGCCCUUGGCGCUCCUACUUUGACCUCAUCGUUGUGGACACCCGCAAGCCACUCUUCUUUGCUGAAGGCACUGUCCUGCGCCAAGUCAACACGGACACAGGGAAGCUGCGCAUCGGGACGUACACAGGCCCACUCCAGCACUGUGCAGUCUACUCCGGUGGAUCCUCGGACCUGGUGUGUGACCUGCUGGGCGUGAAGGGCAAGGACAUCCUUUACAUGGGUGACCACAUCUUUGGGGACAUCCUCAAGUCCAAGAAACGGCAGGGCUGGCGCACCUUCCUGGUGGUGCCUGAGCUGGCCCAUGAGCUGCAGGUCUGGACAGAGAAGAGCGAGCUGUUUGAGGAGCUGCGGAGCUUGGACCUCUUCCUGGCAGAGCUGUACCAGCAUUUGGACAGCGGCAGUAGUGAGCGCCCGGACAUCAGCUCCAUCAAGCGUCAGAUACAGAAAGUGACUCAUGAGAUGGACAUGUGCUAUGGGAAGAUGGGCAGCCUCUUCCGCUGCGGCUCACGCCAGACGCUCUUUGCCAAUCAGCUGAUGCGCUAUGCAGAUCUCUAUGCUGCUUCCUUCAUCAACUUCCUCUACUACCCCUUCAGCUACCUCUUCCGGGCACCCCCUGUCCUGAUGGCCCAUGAGUCGACAGUGGAACAUGGCCGGCUGGACACAGGGGAGGCUGGCACAGUCCUGCCACCCUGGCUGGACCAGCACAGCCACCCCAACCAGCAGGUUGCUGGGGGCUCCCAGGACUCCAGCGAGGAGGAUGACGGGGAAGCCUGAGCCCACCCCACCACCAACAGCUGCUGAGCUGGCAAGUACCAGUCCUCGGGAGGGCGUUUGGUGGCCCUGGGACCACUUGUGCUGUUGAAUCCAAGCCACCCAUGGUCAGCCACCCCCUCCGGUGGCCACAGGCCAGCUGAUGGCCCUGUCCCUGUGCAGUAGGGCCCUUCUCCCCACUGUGGGCCAGGCAAAGGGCCACCCCAAGCACCCACUGUCCCUCAUCAGCAGCUUCUCCAGCUGGGGAGAGCUGGCAGCUCCUGCUCCCAGUGCAGCUGGAAAUCCCCAGGCAGGGGCUGGUGGUCCCAGCAGCUCCUGUGCCUCCAGCUGCAGGGCUGGGGCCCAGCUCCAGGGGGGAGAUUUCUCUGGGAAUCCCUUUCCCUGCUGUUACACUCUUUUCUAUCCUUUUCUAUUUAUAAGAUACAAACUCCUGGCACCAGAGACAUCUGUUUUAAAGGGAAACUGCUUUGCCCCCUGCCCCCAGCCUUGGAGGGGGAGGUGGGGGGCAAAGGGCAAUUCCCAAAUCCUCAGGCCAGCAGCUGGGACAAGUGCAAGCUGCUGGGCAGAGCGUGGUCCCCAUGAGACACCCCCCUCAGUGUUGACAGUGUCCUGCACCCAAGGGGUCUGCACUUGCCACCCUCCCCAGACCAGAGCUGGACUUCCAGAUCUUGCUCCAAGACUCUUCUAGCAUGGAGUCUUCUCAAUAAAAUCACUGAGCCAGCA